AUGACCGAAAAAUUGGUGACUGAAUUUUGUCAACAAGUGAAAAGCCAAUCCUUUAUCCCCUUCUUCCUCGCAAACGGCAGUUUUUUGUAUUCAUCCCCACUUGGCAGUUGUCAGCUACCACCGUUUAAUCCAUUCUUUUGAUCAAUUUUGCAAUUGGGGUUUAUCCAAAAUCUUAGUGAAAUGAAGGCAGAAACGGUGACACUUGUGCUGGUGAAUUUGGCCGGAAUUAUGGAAAGAGCAGACGAAUCUUUGUUACCUGGUGUGUAUAAGGAAGUUGGUGAAGCACUACAUGCUGAUCCAACGAGAUUGGGUUCACUCACGCUUUUCCGAUCCAUGGUUCAGUCUCUGUGCUACCCUCUUGCAGCUUACCUUGCUGUUCGACACAAUCGGGCACAUGUUAUUGCUUAUGGUGCUUUUCUUUGGGCUGCCGCUACUUUUCUUGUUGCUUUCUCUUCCACUUUCACGCAGGUGGCAGUAUCGAGAGCUUUAAAUGGGAUAGGACUUGCCAUUGUUGCACCUGCUAUUCAGUCUCUUGUAGCUGACUCGACUGAUGAUGACAAACGUGGGAUGGCGUUUGGAUGGCUACAGCUUACUAGCAAUAUUGGUUCGAUUAUUGGUGGAUUGUUUUCCUUAAUGAUAGCGCCCGUUACUCUUUUGGGAAUUCCUGGUUGGAGGCUCGCCUUUCAUCUAGUUGGUAUCGUCAGCAUUAUCAUUGGUAUUUUGGUUCGCUUAUUUGCAAAUGAUCCUCACUUCCCUGAUGGCCAUCUGAAAGCCACUAAUGAAGGUCCUGGUAAAUCCUUUAAGUCAGAAGUGCUAGGUCUCGUUCAAGAAGCCAAAUCGGUAAUAAAUAUUCGAUCCUUCCAGAUUAUUGUAGCACAGGGUGUUACUGGUUCUUUUCCUUGGUCAGCUUUGUCCUUCGCGCCAAUGUGGUUAGAGCUUACUGGACUUUCCCAUGAGAAGACUGGAGUUCUUAUUUGCUUGUUUGUGGUAGGCAGUUCAAUUGGCGGACUCUUUGGAGGCAGGAUGGGAGACAUGUUAUCCCAGCGUCUACCUAAUUGUGGUAGGAUAAUUCUGGCUCAAAUAAGCUCAGCAUCAGCGAUCCCCCUUACAGCGAUCCUUCUGCUGGCUUUGCCUGAUAAUCCUUCUGCAGCAUUCAUGCAUGGUCUGGUCCUGUUUAUUACAGGGUUCUGCAUAUCUUGGAAUGCUCCAGCCACAAACAAUCCCAUUUUUGCAGAGAUUGUGCCUGAGAAGUCAAGAACCAGUAUAUAUGCUCUAGACCGAUCAUUUGAAUCUGUAUUAUCAUCUUUUGCACCUCCGGUUGUUGGACUACUGGCCCAGAAUGUUUAUGGUUAUAAACCAGUGCCUAAAGGUACUGAAAGUAUUGCCACAGACAGAGAAAACGCUAAAGCUUUGGCACAAGCGUUGUUCACUUCCAUUGGAACUCCAAUGGCACUAUGUUGUGUUAUUUACUCUUUCCUCUAUUGCACCUAUCCAAGAGAUAAGGCGCGGGCUCAAAUGGAAGCACUGAUAGAAUCAGAGAUGCAAAUCAUUGGAUUGGAUAGUACUCCUCCAGCAAAUCAACCAUAUUCACAAGUCAAAUCAUCUGAAUUCCAAGAGAACCUUGAAGACAGAAUCAUUGUUGAAAUGGAUUAUGGAGAAGAUGAACUUGGUUUUGACGAUGAUGAUGAGAAGACAUUAGUCAAUCACCAUCCGACAUUUUCUCAACUGGAUCUAUAGUAGUCAUUAUAUCAAGAAAGGCUUCUAUUUUACAUGGAUGAUCACUCAUCUAAUAUGAACUUAUAUCAGUCGAUCAAUAGUUUAUGGGCGAUAGAUUUUUCUCUUUUGCUUACAUGUAACAUCUUUACAGCAUCUUCCCACCUUGAUCAUAACCACUUUUUUUUGUGUUGUAGUAUAGGUUCUUGAGAAUGGAAGUCUCAAGGUUAGUUUGAUAACAUAUAUACGGUAUAGAGAGUAGUACUAUUAUCUCAGUCUGUACAUGUCCAUAUCUGGGUUGCUAUGCAUUCUUUCAUAGAUAAUUUCUUCUUAAGAGUAUAUAUUAUGUGAAUUUCAUGAUUGCUGAAAUGCAUUCUCACAUUUUGAUUGUUUUUUCUA